GCCACUUCUCUCUUCUCUUCUCCCUCUUCCCUUUUUCCUUCUUACACUGUCCCCUUGUUCAGUUCUUCCCACCUUAUCUACUAUCACACUAUCCACCAUGGCCGCCAGUCGGUCGUUGGCUCGCUCUCUCCCCGCUCUCCGCGCUGCUUCUCCCCGCACCGCGGUGGCCACUUCGUCCCUCAGAGUUGCUGCUGCGUCGGCAUCUCGUUCUCUGUCUUCGACGGGCUACUCGCCAUUGCGAGCAUCUCAGCGCACCUCGUCGUCACCCUCGUUGGUGGUGUCGCGGAGUCUCCAUGCCACCGCCAGACAGCUGACCCCCGCAACCACCUCCGCGGCUACCACCGCUACCGAAUACCCGACGACGCACGAGCGGAUCGCAAACCCUAUCGACACCGCCAAUUUCCUCGACAACGAGUUCCGCCCUUCCCAGGCCUCCACCUGGAUUGACCUGUACGACCCCGCCACCAACAACCUCGUCACCCGCGUACCCCAGAGUACCGAUGAGGAGCUCAAGGCCGCCGUCGACUCGGCCGAGAAGGCCUUCCCGGCCUGGAGGGCCACCAGCGUCAUGGCCCGACAGCAGAUCAUGUUCAAGUUCGUCAGCCUGAUCCGUGCCCACUGGGACCGCCUGGCUGCCUCCAUCACCCUCGAGCAGGGCAAGACCUUUGCCGAUGCCAAGGGAGAUGUCCUCCGUGGUCUGCAGGUCGCUGAGACCGCCUGUGGUAUCACCACCCAGCUCACUGGGGAAGUCCUGGAAGUCGCCAAGGAUAUGGAGACCCGCAGUUACCGUGAACCUUUGGGUGUUGUGGCCGCCAUCUGCCCCUUCAACUUCCCCGCCAUGAUUCCCCUAUGGUGCAUCCCCGUCGCGACCGUUACGGGUAACUGUCUCGUCAUGAAGCCGUCGGAGCGGGACCCCGGCGCUGCCAUGAUUCUGGCCGAACUGGCCAAGGAGGCCGGGUUCCCGCCGGGCGUCAUCAACAUCGUCCACGGAUCGGCCAAGACGGUCGACUUCAUCCUGGAUGACCCGGCCAUCAAGGCCAUCAGCUUCGUGGGUAGCAACCGCGCUGGCGAGUACAUCUACACGCGCGGAUCGGCCAACGGCAAGCGCGUGCAGGCCAACCUGGGCGCCAAGAACCACGCUGCCGUGCUGCCCGACUGCAACAAGAACCAGACGCUGAACGCCAUCGUUGGAGCGGCCUUUGGCGCUGCGGGCCAGCGCUGCAUGGCGCUCAGCACCGUGGUGUCCGUCGGCGAGACUAAGGACUGGCUGCCGGAGAUGGCGGAGCGGGCCAAGGCGCUCAGCGUCAACGGCGGCUUCGAGGAGGGUGCCGACCUGGGUCCGGUCAUCAGCCCGGAGAGCAAGAAGCGGAUCGAGGAUUUGAUCGCUUCGGCCGAGGAGGAGGGCGCUACUAUCCUGCUCGACGGUCGUGGCUACACGCCGGAGAACUACCCCAACGGGAACUUUAUCGGCCCCACCAUCAUCACGAACGUCACCCCGGAAAUGCGCUGCUACCGCGAAGAGAUCUUCGGCCCAGUCCUCGUCUGCGUCAACGUCGACACCCUCGAAGACGCCGUCGACCUCAUCAACGCCAACGAGUACGGCAACGGCGCCGCGAUCUUCACCAGCUCCGGCCCCACCGCAUCUCGCUUCCAGAAGGACAUCGAAGCCGGCCAGGUCGGCAUCAACGUGCCCAUUCCCGUCCCCCUCCCCAUGUUCUCCUUCACUGGCAACAAGAAGAGCAUCGCCGGCGGCGGCGCGAACACCUUCUACGGCAAGCCGGGCUUGCAGUUCUACACGCAGCAGAAGACGGUUACGAGUUUGUGGCGCGGGGAGGAUGCCGUGAGCACUAAGGCUCAUGUGAACAUGCCGACGCCGUCGUAAGCAUUUAGCUAGUGGUUGGGUUUGACUACAUGCUACUUACUGCUAACGAGUGAAUGCUGGUUUAGUUUGAGAUCUAGUUAGAAAAGUAAACUGGUUUUGAAUAAAUUGGCUUUCUUCCUCUAUUCUUUUGUUCUUUCUUUCUUUUUCUUUUUUCUUUUCUUUUCUUUUCUUUUUCUCCCUUUCUCGAAAAAAUGGAAUGCUACUUAUUACGUUUCAGUUGUCUCGGUAUGAGGCUGUGCAGACCGGGAUCGUCACCGUGCAGGAUGAUCGCCAUGUGAUCCUAUCUAUCCCACCCCGGCUAAAAAUGAGGGGAACACCUCCGUUCACCCGGAGAUCCUUGCAUGUAUGAUUUGAUGCUACGAUGGGCGUUGUUUUACGAUGUAUAUUGAUACUAUGAUGGAUGUCGUUCUACGAAGUAGAGGUUAACCCUCGAUAUAUCUGAUGGAACAAUAAAAAUAUCAUAGUUUCGUUUAUUCA